GCAUCUUAUCCAUUCAUCCCACCUCCCACUACCUGCCGCCCCGCACCGCCGCACACCUCCCUGCGACACGGCCGCCUCCCGCUCCUUCUCCAGGCCAUGCGCCCCUCCACCGAGCUCCUCCUGCCGGCGAUGUAGAUGCCGCCCUGAUCCUCCUCCCGGCUACGCAACCUGCCGCCACCGCCGACCUCACGCCGGGAUGACGCCCCCAGAGGUCGAGGGGGGUGCGGCGGAACCGGAGGUUCAGGCCGAGCAGAUCAGCCGGGGCUGUGGAGCCGGAGAAGCAACGCCACCGUAUCCCUCCACUUUCCUAAGGGGACGCCGUCAGAGCUCUUGGGAGGGGACAUACAGAGACAAAUUGGUUGGUGAAGAAGAGGUGUCUGGCAGUGAAAUAAAGGGUUCUCCAAAUAGGACCUCUCAGCGGGAUUCAAAACGGGCUGCUAAGCGGCAACCAUGUGGCACUGAUAAUGACGGGGAUGGAAAGGCUGAUGACGUGUCUGAAAGUGCUAGUGAUCGACUAGAGGGGGGUGAAUAGGCGAUUUUUAUGAAAGUCUUCAAAACAUGUAAGUUUCGAAGACAAACGAUAGAAAUAAACCUAUUAUCGCGCAGCGGAAGGUAGAC